GCCUGCCCCGGCUCGGCCGCACGGGGUGACGCUUCCUGGCCCGUACUGCUGGCCUUAUGUGCCUGGGUCCUCCUGCGCCACGCUUAGUCUUGGUGCCGUGGGAGGCCGCGGCGGGCUCCUCGGGUCGGACCAAGGGGCUGGUUGUUGUUGCGCUUGCGGCGGGCAGCCAUGGGCCAGGGGUGGGCGGCCUGAGACCCGCGGCCUCUGCAGCCCCUGCUCGCUGUGAAACGCGGGCGAAGCGUACCUGUGGGCUCCAGCCAGGGGACAGCUGCAGCCUGGCCCCCGCGCACGCCACCCAAGGGUGGGUGCAGAGCCCAGCUCCGCCAGGCAUGCUUGCAGAAUGAAAUGCAAAGGCCUGGUUGCCCAGAUGAAACAACAUCAUGAGAAGUGUUCCUUCUCAGGAGGAAGCUGCAUUGAAGAUGAUGAAAGGAAUAUGUCUGAACAUGCAGGAUCUUCAGGGACCGAAGCACUAAAAGGAGGAUCUUUGCUUUUUGAUGAUCUCCCACCAUCCAGCAGCUCAGGGAAAGAAGCACAGACAGGGCCUUUGCUUUUUGAUGAUCUUCCACCGGUCAGCAGUGCUGACUCAGGGACAGGAGGACCUUUGCUCUUUGAUGAUCUCCCACCAGCCAGCAGUGGGGACUCAGCUUCACGCAUCACUGAGCAGGUCUCAGCAGUAGGAAAUCAUGGGAAAGGAGAGAAGAGGAAAGUCUCAGAGGAAGAGAAGAAUGGCCAUGAAGAACUUGUGGAAAAGAAAGUUUGUAAAGCAUCUGGAGGCAUCUUUGGACUGAAAGGUUAUAUGGCAGAGAGAAAAGGUGAACGAGAAGAGAUGCAGGAUGCACAUGUCAUCUUAAAUGACAUCACUGAGGAGUGCAGACCCCUGCCCCCUCAAAUAACCCGUGUCUCGUACUUUGCUGUUUUUGAUGGCCAUGGAGGAGUUCGAGCUUCAAAAUUUGCAGCACAGAAUCUGCACCAAAACCUGAUUAGGAAAUUUCCUAAAGGAGAGGUAGUCAGUGUGGAGAAAACAGUGAAAAGAUGCCUUUUGGACUCUUUCAAACAUACAGAUGAGGAGUUCCUGAAGCAGGCCUCCAGCCAGAAGCCUGCGUGGAAGGAUGGGUCCACAGCAACCUGUGUCCUGGCUGUGGAUAACAUCCUUUACAUUGCCAACCUUGGAGACAGCCGGGCGAUUUUGUGUCGUUACAACGAGGAGAGUCAGAAACAUACAGCCUUAAGUCUCAGUAAAGAACACAACCCUACCCAAUAUGAGGAGCGAAUGAGGAUACAGAAGGCUGGAGGAAAUGUCAGGGCUUCCUUUCCAUCAUUCAGAGACGGGCGAGUGCUGGGUGUGCUGGAGGUUUCCCGCUCCAUUGGGGAUGGACAGUACAAGCGCAGUGGUGUCAUUUCUGUGCCGGAUAUCAAACGCUGCCAACUUACACACAAUGACAGGUUCAUUAUGCUGGCCUGUGAUGGCCUCUUCAAGGUCUUCUCACCAGAAGAAGCUGUGAACUUCAUCAUGUCCUGCCUGGAGGACAAGAAUAUCCAAACACGAGAAGGGAAAUUAGCAGCUGAUGCUCGAUAUGAAGCAGCCUGUAACAGGCUGGCCAACAAAGCAGUGCAGCGAGGUUCUGCGGAUAAUGUCACUGUAGUGGUGGUCCGGAUCGAGCACUGAAGAAAAACAUGCAGGGAUGCAGUCCCAAGCUGCAUGUGAUGGAUUUAAAUGCAACAACAAAGUUUGUGUGUGAGUGUGUGAGAGAGAGAGAGAGAGAAUCUGGGGGGGGGGGGGCAUGGGUCUCCUCCCUGGAUGCUCUUCAUUGUAAAUAAACUUCUUUUUCUAA